GUGUGACUCACCGCUGUAGUGCUCCCAAGUAUGUUCGCUGCGACGUUGGCUGUACUGUCUACAGUUUCGUCUGUACUACGUAGCUGCGUUGUUCAUUCCUGUCAACUUGGAACUGAUUGGUUUUAAUUUAACAGCACGCAGAAGGAUCCGCGUGAAAGUAUUGUCCGAUCGUGCGGUGUCAACGUUAAUUCGCGAAAAUGAACAGGCUCUUCGGACGCGCUAAACCCAAAGAACCGCCACCGAGCAUCACGGACUGUAUCGCUGGAGUUGAUAGCAGAGCAGAUUCUGCAGAGAAGAAGAUAGCCAGGCUAGAUGCAGAACUGAAGAAAUAUAAAGACCAAAUGGUCAAAAUGAGAGAUGGCCCAGCUAAGAAUGCGGUGAAAGCCAAGGCUCUGCGUGUAUUGAAACAGCGUAAGAUGUACGAGGCUCAGGUGGACAACUUGCGGCAACAGGCGUUUAAUAUGGAGCAAGCAAAUUAUGCCACUCAGACACUGAAGGAUACUCAGGCAACUGUAGUUGCUAUGAAGGAUGGUGUCAAGCAGAUGCAGAAAGAAUUCAAAAACAUCAAUAUUGAUCAAAUUGAGGAUCUACAAGAUGAUUUGGCAGACAUGUUAGAACAAGCUGAUGAAGUGCAAGAAGCGAUGGGUCGCAGUUAUGGAAUGCCAGAGAUUGAUGAUGAUGAGCUUGCGGCUGAAUUGGAAGCUCUCGGUGAUGACCUGGCUUUAGAUGAGGAUACCAGUUUCUUAGACGACGCUAUUAAAGCACCUAGUGCUCCGGAUAAAGAACCUGGGGUGAAUUCUGUUAAGAACAAGGAUGGCGUUCCUGUUGACGAGUUUGGAUUGCCGCAAAUACCUGCCAGUUAAGUUUGAACACAUCAAAAUAUGAA